ACCUCUUCCUGCUGCGCUUUUAUUUACCUGCGUCCAACUGAGCCUCUUCCUGGUUUACGUGGCGAAGGCUGAGCGCAGGACGCCAACAUGAGCGACAUUUCAGAGGAAGACACCGAGAUCUCUUUUCCUGUCAAGUUCCUGGGCCGGGUGGAGGUGCUCCGCCCCGACGGACUGCAGGUCCUGGAGGAAGCGGCCCGGAGUCUGAAGACAUCGGAGAGCGACUCGUCGGAAAAGGCGGCGAAGAAGAGCCGGGUGCACAUCUUCCUGUCUCUGAGUGGCAUCGACAUUUUGGAAAACAAAACCAAGUUCCUGCUGUACACCUGCCCGCUGGCCACCGUGUCCUACUGCGCCGUGCUGCCGUCCUCUGCCCGGGUCUUCGGCUUCGUGGCCCGCCACCCCGCCGCCGACGUGUACCACUGCUACCUGUUCCAGAGCAAGAAGUUUGCCCACGUGAUGGUUUCCGCUGUCGGCGACAUCUUCCGGGCUUCCAAGAAGGAGGAAACCGUGAGAGGAGGCCGAGACCUGAUAGUGGAGGCGCUGAGACACAAGAAUAAAGUGCUGCAGAAGGAGAACGCCGAGCUGCGGAGGAGGCUGGCAGCGUAAACCAACCAGCAGCUCAGUCCAGGGCUGGGGAUCCAUUCAAAUGUCAACAAUCAAUUCGAUUCCGAUUCUUAAGAUUCAGAAUCAAUUACCAGGAUUUGAUUCGAUUCGAUCCGAUAUUGAUUUGGGUUAGUUUUAAUAAAACUGUUUUUUGAGCUGUUGCCUGAAUUAUAUGACUGUAGUUCUGCAACAUAUUAAUACUAGUGAGAUUCAACAGCAAGUAUUGGCAGCUAAUGAUGCUGUAAGGACCAAUCAACAGAUCCAGGGCAGCAAACAGAGACGUAUGAAAUUGGUUUUAUUUUUUUCCCACAUUUCCUUUUUUAUUUUUUCAAUUUUCUGUGUUUUUCGUUUUUUAAUUUUUGAGAAUUUGGUUUUUAGCAUUUUAUGCAAAUGUGACCCCAAGACAGUAUAUAAAGUAAUGAAAUAUAGACAAUUUAUGCAAUUAUAACUGAAAACUAUAAUGUUUUCAUAGAUUUAAACAUAUUUAAAGACAAAAACAUGACAGUAGUUAUUCUCGUGUCCAACAAAACAUUCCUUUUUUGGGCAUAAACCAAAAAAUUCAAAAAGUUAUUUGUAUGAAAUAAAUGACUAAGAAAUAAAUAACUCAAAUAGGCCUUUCAACAUCCAUUUAAAGUGCAAAAAAAGAAAGGAAUUGCAACAGCUCAACAGCGGAUGUGUGAAUUAAAUGACGUCACUACUGGGAUUAAAGUUCACCGGGUGAAAAUGUAAUAAUAAUAAAAAAUCGAUCUUUUGACAUACAAAUCGAUUUUUAAUCGGAAAAUCUUUUUUUUUCAACCCAGGCCUAGCUCUGACUCAAGUCCUGAACCUCGACCUGCAACGUUUCCCCUCAAUGAUAUUUCUUUUUAAUUGGAGGAGGGAAGGUUGUACAUCCCUGCUGAUUUUUUGCUCCGUGCUUCAUGUGUAAUUGUCUGUAGUGUUUGACUUUAGAUUCAUGUUGCUGCAACACUGAAAGCUACCACUGGAGGGCGGCAGCAGGACGCUGAUGGAUGCUGACACAGCUGCAUUCCAGCAGCUCCUCCACCAUUCUUGGUGUAAAUUUCUGUCAUAUUUCAAGGGCUGAUGUAUUUACCCUCUGCAUCUGAUGCUGGAAAGCUUGUUAAUGGAUUGUUUAAAACCUGUGUGUGAUGAAUAAAACUGAAUUUGGCUG